AUGAAAAGAGAAAACUCAGUCAUUGUUAUCAGCGACACGGAGUCAGAAAGCCCUGUGCCAGCCCCAGGCGGCAGCAAUCAGGGCUCUCAGAAAAACCCUCCAAGUCAGACUUACCACCGCAAUUACUAUAGCUCUCGUUCUUCUUCACGAAACAACGCUGCCUCGGUCAUCCUUGGUAAUAGCAAGGCACAUGCUGAGUUGGAGGAUGAAGCAAUCAGCGAUAGAGCAGAAGUUGGGGGUCAACACAGUUCAUACCAGCCCGAGGAUGAAAGUGUCAGAAAAUCUUGGAAAGAUCCUGACAGUAAAAGUCAGAGCCCAGAGUCUGAGUAUGACCUGCAAUCACAUCCUAUUGAAGACCACAGCAGUCAAUAUCCUUGGCUUGUUCCGAGUUCAGGACUCACCAAAAAGUCAUCACCGGAUAAGCCGUUUCCCAAUCCCAGUGACGAAGAGAUCAUUUUUACCCUUCAUCAUUCAAAAGGGUUGCAACCAAGGAUCGUGAAAAAACGUCGAGUCGGAGAGAUAGGGGACAAAAAUGUUGAGCCUACCAAACAAGACACAUCAGCUCAAGUGGACUUACCGUCUAACGAAGUUGUCCCUGUUCCCAUCACACCUCGCAAGGCCCGCCGUUUUGUUAUCUCUCAAUUGGAGAUAACACCUAGCAAAACAACACAGAAGAUGCACCAGGGCACUGGAAGCCCCGGCAUCAGUGAAAGGUUGGAUAGAAUUGAGAACCGGGCACAAGACAUCAGCGAGGCUUUGAAAGGAGUAACUUGUGCAAUCAAUGGUCAGACUUCGGCCCUGGAAAAUAUUUUCCGUGAGUGCCUGAAUAAGUAG